AUGACACCUGCCUUACUGGAGCAGCACCAACAACAUCAUCAUCAAACAACGCCGCUGGGCCAUACAUCAUCCGCUAUGGCCAUGGCGAUGUCGACAAUGGCGAUGGACAACGAAUCCUUUGACUAUCACGUGGCAGCCAGUACGGGCAAACAAAAAAUGGAUAUUGCCGAUGUCGAAUCGAAAUGGAAAGAUGUACCGGACAAAUAUUUAAUAAUUAUUGCCCACUUCUUGGAUGGUCGCAUCAAUGACACCGAUACCAUGGAUCGUUUUAAUGGGCCCAUCCUAAAGGCCAGUAUCGAGAAUUUCUAUUGGAUAUUUUUGAUCCAGUAUGCCAUCCUGGCGAUGCUGGGCAUUGUAAUGAAUGUGGCAAUUAUCGCGUACAUUGUCUACCACCGGCUCUAUCGGGACGUAACCCAUGCGUUUAUUAUUAAUUUGGCGUUUUGCCAUUUUGUCCAGUGCGCCAUCGUCCUGCCCAUAUCGCUGAUGGUGAUGUUAAUACAGAACUGGAUAUUUGGACAGUUUUUGUGUUUUUUCUUGCCCAUGUUGCAGGAUAUACCAUUGCAUGUUGCCAUGAUAACGCACAUUUUAAUAGCCUGGGACCGUAUGCGUUGGCUGGGCAAUCCACUCAAGGGACGUUUCCCGGCGUUCGUCUGUUGCUGUGCCACAUGGCUGACGGGAAUGGUGAUUGCACUGCCAUAUCCCAUUUAUACAAUUUACGUUGAAAUCGGGGAUUUCCUACCACGUUUGCAUGGCAUUGGUCUGUGUGUUGUUAAUCUAAUGGAUGAUAUGCACGAAUAUGUCCGAGGACUAUUUUUCCUAAUGUAUUGUGCACCCACCGUAUUAUUAUCAUAUCUCUAUAUAAGGACCUCGCAAGAAUUGCGGCCACCUGAAGAACCAUUAGCUGUAAUGUUGUAUGAACAUCGAGCGGAUAUACGCAUGAGACAGCG